GACGUGAAGACCCUGACGUUCACAAUGUCAGCGACAUGCGGAGACGCUGUCCCCGCUCGAUCGUCGCCCAUUGCGGCAUCUUCACAUGGGACACCCUAUGCUCGUCAAAGCGCCGAUCGAUCUCAAUGUGCAGCGCAGGGGUUGUUGGGCGUUUCACCGUACAGCGGUGGUCCGGAGGUCCGGAUAGGGAAAAGGCACCGUGGUACCAUUUCGCAUGGGACUGGUGGCGUCGUUGGCUCGGGCGUGACACCCAUUUUGCCUUUCGCUGGUGUGUUGGGGGCUUCUCCGCCGGGUGUGCCCGCGGUUCGUGACGCAGCCGCGUAUGGAGGUGUGUUUGGUGGUCCGUUACUGCCAUCCCCACUACUGCCUAGACGGAUGGACUAUGCGGCCACGAUUCCUUCAACACCUGUAUGGUCAUAUGCGGUUGCCCCGCCAUGUCCCACUGGAGGCGCUUCUCUUUCAGGAGAUUGCAGCAACGCUUGGCGUUGUCGAACCGUUUCACUUCCACGAGUCGUCGGCGCGGGGGCCGGUUCGUUUGCGGUGCCGCCUCAGUCUCCCUUUGUCGCUCCUGAUUCCACACCUCCGGUUGACGAUGUCGAUAGCUCUGAGGCAGUCGGUGGCACACCGUAUUCGGGCGGCAACAGCAUCAUGCGUGUGUGUGUGCGGGACGCGUGUCGGAGGCGGUUGUACGCUCUCCGCGAUGCUAUGACCGGUGUGGGUGACCAUCGCGGACUAGUCAGCGAGGUUAUUGAUCGGCUGCUCCACUGGUCCUUGCCAACCAUCCGUGCGGAGUUUGGUGUCAGGGUAGCAAGUGUGAUUUCUUCGUCGUUGCCAUCUCGGGUGUGCGGUCGAGAUUUCCCGUUGCGUUAUAUGCCAGACGAUUCCGGUGCUGACUACGGCCAAGGGGGUUCGCAGGGUUCAGCUAGCGGAGGGUUGGGGGAGUCGCAGGAGGGAUCGCAGAACUCGUUCCCGUCGUCGCCUCGUGCAUCACAACGCAGUGAAAGAGGGCGAGGUAAACCACGCAUCGGGGGUCGGUACACACCGACACCCACCCGACCGCAGACGUGGUGGGACAGUUGGGAAGGUGUAGACCAGUGCGGUCUUGGGCCUGAAACUGACCGUGCCAGUAUUGAGGAGGCGAUGAUAUUGUGGAGUGGACCGACAGCGCCGGAUGUUAUGAUUCUGAAGCCGGUCAAGCUCCUUCAAUUGCUGGCCAUGUUUCAUCUAUAUUGUCCGUGGCACAAGGUCUCGUGCCGUGUGUCUGUCGAGUCCGUCUCCUAUCCAGCGCAGCUCUGUAAGCUGACGUUCGUAUGCGACAAGAAAUGCAAAUGGACGUGGCACACGACACUUGUGACCACGAACUUCACGGAGAAGCGGCUGAUGGAGGCGUUGGAGCAACGUUUUGGACCUGGCGUUCUCACAUCUGCUGAGGAGCGGAUGAAGAAAUCGGAUUUCGUCGCUGUCGUCAUGCGAAAGAUGUACCCCUACGGAUCGAGGUCGAACGCUCGAGCGUUGGAGACUGAUCCUGACGGCUUGACAGAGUAUCAUGUGCAUGAGGUUGGGAUGUGGUUCCUCAGCGCUUGUCAGCUGUGCAGGGAGGAGGGUGGAGACGCCAGCAGUCUAUACCGUGACAUCAUGUUGGUCGUCGAUCAUUGGGCUGACGAUCAUUCGGGGUGUAUCGGCGGUAAGGAGGUUCUGUGCGAGAAGGCCGGUGGACCUGCACGAUUGCCUUUGUACAGCUGCACGGACACGGUCUACGAGCUCGUUCUGCAUAUUCUCGGGAAACAAUGCAGCGCUAACAUCACACCGUACUACGUCGAGUUUCAGCACACAUCGGCGGUGGAGACUUUUCAGGGCACCAUCAUCAUCUAUGCCAAGAAGUCGGUGCAUUUCGAGAAGUCUUAUUGUGCGUGUCUGCCGAUCACAGUGAUUCGGUGGAACAGUCACUGCUGGCGCGACCCAGUCGGGUACGUUGCUCGCAUAGCUGCGGGCACUUCCAUACGUCCGAGACCAAGCUUCCAUCGACACUACGGUCAGGAGGCGAUUGACUCUUGGGAGGACAGGUUGUCGGCGUCCAUGUUCGGUUCGGCUCGUGUUUCGGACUGGGCUCGAGAGCUUCUGCGACAGGAGGUUUGUCCUUAUGGAGCCGGGCCAUUCCCGCGAGAUCUGUUCGUCAAUGGUGGGGACGACCCAGUGGAAGUCGUUGAUGAUGCUGCCUCCGGUUCCGACCAUGAGGCAGUGGGGGAGAACCGUGUUUUCAUCAUCGGUCACAUGGAAGACGAUGUGGUGCCUGCAUGCGAUGAUUGAGCCCUGACAUCGAGCUUGGAAUCUGAGGGUGACGAUAUAGAGUUGUUCAACGUUUCACUGGUUGAAUGGCUUUAUCGU